AUGACUGAAAUGCAAUAUGGCGUUUAUUAUUUAUAUAUUUGUGGUUGUGGUCAAAUGUUCCGUUAAAACGUUGUUGGCGAGUUAUUUUAUUUAAUUUAGAUAACUGGAGAUUUACUUAAAAUGACUCUACAAGCAAUUAAAUGGGAAAGUAGAAAAUUAGAAAUUUUGGAUCAAACUCUCCUGCCGGCAAUUUCUAAAUAUGUCUCUGUAAAAGGGGUUGAGGAUGGAUGGAAAGUUAUCAACAAAAUGCAGGUGAGGGGAGCACCAGCAAUUGCAAUAGUUGGAUGCCUCAGCCUGGCUGCUGAGAUUGAUGGUGAAAUAUUCACUGACAAGAAGGUACUUCGACAAGAAAUCGAAGGAAAAUUGAAUUAUUUAAUUUCUGCCAGACCCACUGCUGUGAAUAUUAAACUUGCUGGUGAAUACCUAAUAGGUCUUGCUAAUAAAUUAAGUGAAGAUAAUGACGUUUCACCUUCAAUGAUGAAAGAUCAAUUUUUGAAAACAAUAGAGAAUAUGCUGGAAAAGGAUAUCGCCGACAAUAGUGCGAUUGGAAAGUAUGGUUCAGAGGAAAUUUUAAAAUCUGUUCCAAAUGACACUUUAGUUAGAGUUAUCACACAUUGUAAUACAGGAAGUCUUGCUACUGCGGGUUAUGGUACAGCUUUGGGCGUGAUAAGAUCUCUUCACAGUAAAAACAGAAUUGAACAAGUUUAUUGCACAGAAACGAGGCCUUUCAACCAAGGUUCCAGAUUGACUAGUUAUGAAUUAGUGCAUGAUAGAAUUCCGGGUGUACUAAUUUGCGAUGAUAUGGUUGCAUCGUUAAUGAAAUCAAAGACAAUCAAUGCAGUUAUUGUUGGCGCUGAUCGUGUUGUUGCUAACGGUGAUACUGCUAAUAAAAUAGGAACAUAUCAGAUAGCGAUUCUUGCAAAGUAUCACGGUGUACCUUUCUAUGUGGCAGCCCCAUGUACGUCUAUAGAUUUCAGUAUGAAUAGUGGCGAUCAAAUUAAAAUCGAAGAGAGACCUGAAGAAGAAAUAACUCAUAUAUUGAGCCAAAGAAUUGCAGCUUCUGGAAUUCAGUGCUGGAAUCCGGCUUUUGACGUGACACCAGCUGAACUUAUAACAGGAAUAAUCACUGAAAGAGGAGUUUACAAGCCAAAUAAUCUGUCAGUUUUAAAAGAAUACUGUCGGAACAUUGAAAAUCAAUUUAAAUUUUAAAUUCUCAACGAUAUUACGUAACAAGAUUUUCUUUUAAUUUUUCUAAUAAGACAAAUAGAAAGAUAAGACAAAUAGUUGGAGUUUUGAAAAAAUUUUGAUAUAAAUAUUAUAAUAUUAAUAAAUGAAAAAAGAAGAAUACUGUUAGUAAUAAUAAGCUAUUUUUAAAUUCAAUAUAAUUAAUUAUUCUAUUUUAACAACUUUUAAAUAAACACAGCACAAUUUAAAAGACUGACAGUUUUUGAAAUAUUAAAUAUUUUUGCAGUGUUACGAGAAAAUUUUGAAAUUAUUAUUGCAGUCUUAUGUGACUCGAUGAAUUUUUAGAUCGAAAAUUCAUUUUUUAUUGUAUAUUUUAAUAAAAUUCCAAGGAGAGAAAUUUCUUUUUGGAAAAUUACCUUUCUUACAUUUGAAACUGAAUGGCAAUGUGAAUCAGUUUUUACUGUGCUGCAAUUUGUGUAUAGUUUGGUAAAAACUAAGUGAAAAGAAACUCAUUUUCAAGUGUCAGCAGUGUAAUUGUCUUAAUUUUGGUUUCUGAUUUGUUAGCGAUUAAUACGAAAAGGUAGAAUAUUUUGUAAAUUUUAAAUUUAAUAUAUAAAUUGACUACAAGUUGAUUAUUACUUAAUUUUGUGAGAAAAUAUAUUUUAUAAAAUAACAA